AUGCAUGAUCGAUUAAUAUUGGAUAAGUUUCUUUACAAACUGAGCUCGAAACUCUGUUUUUACAUGCAUGAUUGUUUAGGUUUCGAAACUCUGUGGCUGUUACAUCUGUGCCCGAGGUCAGUCAACGGCGGCGGCCAUGGUGGAGACGGCAACGUCGAGGUUCAAGAGUGUGUGCGUGUUCUGCGGCAGUAGCGCAGGGAAUCGCGACUGCUACCGCGACGCCGCCUUGGAGCUCGGCCGGGAACUGGUGACACGCAAGGUGGACCUCGUGUACGGCGGCGGCAGCGUCGGGCUCAUGGGGCUGGUCUCCCGCACCGUCCACUCCGACGGCGGCCACGUCGUGGGGAUCAUCCCGCGGUCGCUCAUGGCGAGGGAGAUAACAGGGGAGACGUUCGGGGAGGUGAGAGUGGUGGCUAACAUGCACCAGCGGAAGGCGGAGAUGGCCCGUAGCGCCGACGCCUUCGUGGCGCUGCCCGGCGGGUACGGGACGCUGGAGGAGCUGCUCGAGGUCAUCACCUGGGCCCAGCUGGGCAUCCACACCAAGCCCGUCGGCCUGCUCAACGUCGACGGUUACUUCGACUCGUUUCUGGCUCUCGUCGACAAGGCAGUAGCCGAGGGCUUCAUUGCGCCUCACCAGCGCCGCCUCUUUGUCUGCGCCGCCGACGCGCGGGGGCUCCUCCAGGAGCUGGAGGAAUACGUGCCGGUGGAGGACGCGGUGGCGAGUAGACUCGCCGCCGAAUGGAAGUCGUCGGAGAUCUAAUUCUCAUUAAUCAACCGCAUGCCGCAGAAUCCAUCA